AUGGUGGAGGCAUAUUGUAGGGAUGAAGAUGUAAAGGAGUACGUCAAGGCUUGGGCUGAAGAGGAGAGAAGCCAAGGUUACAUCUUCUCAGUGGGUUUUGGAAAGGAGGAGUUGGAGUGGUUGUUGGAGCAAUUGAAGAAAGAUGUGGAGUUGGAGGUUGCCAAGGGAUUUAUUGGAAAGACUAAGGGCAAGACUAGGACUCAUUUGCUGGAGAUUUGCUUCAACAAUAGAAGGAGAUUCCUGAAAAUUACAAAAUUUGUAACAAAAUGGAAACCCUCAACUUUGGUUGUUCUUGAGGGUGUUAAAGGCAGUGGAUGGGAAGCCCUUAGGAAGGUGGGUAAGGGCAUUCACAAAGGAUGUUGGUCCAAUGCAGAUGUUGUUGUAGAGAAGGAACCAAGGAAUGGAGCUUUAUUGCCAGUUGGAAAAUGGGCCAAAGUUAUAAUAUGUGAAAGUCAAGGAAGAGUUCAUGAUUGGGUUUAUGUUGGAAAAGUUAUUGCGAGGAUGAUGGGUAUGAAAGGAAUGGUGGAGAGCCGAAUGGUUCCAAGAUCAGGGGAGGAUGACAGUGAGAGGAUGGUCUAUUCUUCUGAAGAAAUGUUGAGCCACAUUUUGAAGAAUUUGGGGAAGGUAAAGGAUGUAUUCCAGGACUCUUUGAAGCUUGUAGAGUUGUCGAAGGGCAUUAAUCUUCCUGUUCCAGAAAUUUUCGAAGCAUUCACCGUGGAGACGAAGGGAGACGAAGGGCUCUCAUGUUGCAAUUUGUCAAACAUGCUCCUUUAUUCGAAUCCAAUGGAGUUAAUCUUUGCUACUCAGGAUGUUCCCAAUUUGAAAUUUCCAAGUGAUGAGUCUAGCCUUCUUGUUGGCGUGCCCAUUUCAGAAGUGGUGGCUGACUCUUCCUCUUUUAUGCAGCAGCCACUGUGCCAUGAUAGUGAGAGCUCUGCCUUGCUUCAGUUCAAGCAAAGCUUUUUGAUUGAUGGGCAUGCCUCUGGUGAUCCUUCUGCUUAUCCAAAAGUUGCAAUGUGGAAAUCCCAUGGAGAAGGAGAAGGAAGUGAUUGCUGCUCUUGGGAUGGUGUUGAGUGUGACAGGGAGACUGGCCAUGUGAUCGGUCUUCACCUUGCCAGCAGUUGUCUCUAUGGUUCUAUCAACUCCAGCAACACCCUCUUCAGUCUUGUUCAUCUCCGGAGGCUUGACCUCUCUGAUAAUGAUUUCAAUUACUCUGAGAUCCCAUUUAGUGUUGGCAAACCCAAUGUUGCAGCUUCAAAAGCCUUGCUUGAGAAAUCUGGUUCAGAACUUUGCCCACUUAAAGAAACUUCAUCUAAGCGAGGAAACCAGUCCGUUAAAAGAGUUGCAUCUUUAUGGUACGAGUUUUUCUGUGUUGGGACCCUUGCUUGGCUUGGUGAGCAAACAAAACUCACUGCUUUGCAUCUCCGCCAAAUAAAUUUAAUUGGAGAAAUCCCAUUCUCUCUUGUAAAUAUGAGUCAGCUAACUACUUUGACUCUUGCAGAAAAUCAAGUGAGUGGUCAGAUCCCAUCUUGGCUCAUGAACCUCACCCAAUUGACUGUAUUAGAACUUGGGACAAACAAUUUAGAAGGUGGAAUCCCAAGUUCAUUAUUUGAACUUGUAAAUCUUCAAUCUCUUUCUGUAGGAGGAAAUUCCUUGAGUGGGACAGUGGAACUUAACAUGUUACUUAAGCUCAAAAACCUCACCAGUUUCCAAUUAUCAGGCAACAGUUUAUCAUUGCUCGGUUACACCAGAACCAAUGUUACUCUCCCUAAAUUUAAGCUUUUAGGAUUGGAUUCAUGCAACUUAACUGAGUUUCCUGAUUUCCUGCGGAACCAAGAUGAAUUGGUGGUGCUCUCCCUUGCCAAUAAUAAAAUUCAUGGUCUAAUUCUAAAGUGGAUUUGGAACAUAAGCCAAGAAAACCUAGGGACUCUUGACCUUUCUGGAAACCUUUUAACCGACUUUGACCAACAUCCAGUUGUGCUUCCAUGGUCCAGGUUAAGCAUUUUAAUGCUUGAUUCUAACAUGUUGCAAGGACCACUUCCAAUUCCACCACCAUCAACCAUUGAAUAUUAUUCAGUCUCUAGAAAUAAACUGAUCGGAGAAAUUUCGCCACUUAUUUGCAACGUGAGUUCUCUCAUGUUACUUGAUUUGUCUAGUAACAAUUUGAGUGGCAGGAUUCCCCAAUGUCUGGACAACUUGAGUAAAUCUCUGUCCGUACUGGAUCUGGGAAGCAACAGCCUUGAUGGCCCCUUUCCUCAAACAUGCACAGUGACAAACAAUUUGAGGGUGGUUGAUUUAGGUGAAAAUCAAUUCCAAGGCCAAAUACCAAGAUCAUUUGCCAAUUGCAUGAUGCUCGAGCACCUUGUUCUUGGAAAUAAUCAAAUCGAUGAUAUUUUCCCCUUCUGGCUUGGAGCCCUCCCACAGCUACAGGUUCUUAUUUUGAGAUCCAACAGAUUCCAUGGUGCAAUAGGGAGCUGGCACUCGAAUUUCAGGUUUCCCAAGUUGUGCAUCGUCGAUCUCUCUGACAAUAAGUUUAUAGGUGAUUUACCAUCAGAGUAUUUCCAAAAUUGGGAUGCCAUGAAACUUACAGAUAUUGCAAACGACCUUAGGUACAUGCAGGCACACCCAGAGUUUGAAAACCUAGGGUAUACAUGGACUGGCCAUUACUUGUACUCAUUGACAAUGAUAAAUAGAGGUAUGCAGAGGUUUUUUGAGAAGAUCCCUGAUAUUUUAAUAGCAAUUGAUUUCUCAGGCAACAAUUUCAAAGGACAAAUUCCAACCUCCACUGGGAACCUCAAGGGGCUUCAUUUGCUGAACCUUGGCGACAACAAUCUUACUGGCCAUAUCCCAUCCUCCUUGGGGAACCUACCACAGCUGGAGUCAUUGGAUCUUUCCCCGAACUAG